AUGGUAAUGUCUCCGGCUGUCACGACACUAUGUGAGAAUUCUAAUGAAGUCUUCGUGGACGUUGCCAACUUGUUGCUUACAUACGCGGAUAAUAUUCUCAGGUGUCCUCAUGAGGAAAAGUACAGAUCCAUUCGUAUAGGUAAUCCCACAUUCUCCACCAAACUGCUGCCCAUCAAAGGAGCUGUGGAAUGUCUCUUUGAGAUGGGAUUUGAAGAGGCAGAAACUCAUUUGAUCUUUCCCAAAUCUGCAUCAGUGGAACAGCUGAAGCUCAUCAGGGAAUCCAUAGCAGCCGAGCGGGAUCACAGGCUGGCCGGGGGACAUCCUGUCCAACCUAGUCCUCAGGCUGCCGAGGCCUCAGUGGCAGAACACGAAAGCAGUGCCAUCUCCAGCCAAGCCGCCGCCCCUCCUCUAUCACAACCGCCAUCUUUGGAGAGCAGCAUGAGCUUCUUUGUGACCCUUCAGUCUAACUUUCAACACGUGAUGCUGUAUGAAAGUCCUGAGCUGCAGCAGAAAACCAGGAGCCUCAUCCCUCAUCAGCAGCUGUCGUCUGUGGCAGAACACAAGCUAAAGGAGGCUCUACAAGCUGACCCAGAAUGUAAACUUGGAAAGGACGACUUCUUGGUGUUGGAAUUGCUGAAGUGGUUCAAGCAGGACUUCUUCUCAUGGGUGGACUGUCUGUCCUGCAGCCGCUGUGGGGGUCAGACUCAACAUGCUCAGGCCCUGAGUCCCACCGCUGAGGAUCUCCGCUGGGGAGCUCAAAGAGUUGAGAACCACUUCUGUCAGUGCUGCCACCUCUCCACCCGAUUCCCCCGGUACAAUAAUCCAGAGAAACUGCUGGAAACAAAAAGGGGGCGCUGUGGGGAGUGGGCCAACUGUUUUACCCUAUGCUGCAGAGCCCUUGGACUUGAGGCCAGGUACAUCUGGGACAGCACAGACCACGUGUGGACGGAGGUUUACUCGGCCUCUCAGCGCCGGUGGCUGCACUGUGACUCGUGUGAAAAUGUGUGUGAUAAACCUCUGCUGUAUGAGGUCGGAUGGGGAAAGAAGCUGGCUUAUGUUCUGGCUUUCUCAAAGGAUCAGGUGGUUGAUGUGACCUGGCGGUAUUCCUGCAGCCAUCCAGACGUUUUGUCGAGGCGUAGCCAGGUUCAGGAGGCAUGGCUGCUGCACACCAUUAAUGGACUCAAUUCCUCGAGGCAGCAGUGCCUCAGUCCAGGCAGGAAGAAGGAGCUGAUGGAACGUCUGCUUGUCGAGCUGGUGGAGUUUAUUUCUCCCAAGAAACCAAAACCAGGCGAGCUGGGCGGUCGCAACUCUGGCUCUCUGGCCUGGAGAAUAGCACGAGGGGAAGUUGGACGAUCUGAAGAAAGACCUUCUCUACAGGUCAAAGGUUAUGUGUUUAUUCCUACGAAGGAAGAGAAGCAAGACCGGUUACUACACGUGCACUACAGUGCCACCAAAGAUGAGUACUGUCGAUUAUCCAGCAACCGUGAGGUGAUUCAGCGAUGGGAUCAGUGCGUGUGGACAAAACAGUCUGUCUUCAGAAAGGUGGAGAAUGACUGGCAGAUGGUGUACAUAGCGCGAACAGAAGGCUCCGCCACAGGACGCAUCAGCUGGAAGUUUGACUUUGCGUCAGUGCAAAUGAAGAUAAAGAGUGUCUUGGUCAUGGCCACCAGCCAUACAUUCCACUCGGGAAAUGUCAGCUGGUUCUUGCAGUCAGGCCAUGUUACUACUCAGUUCUCUGGAGAUGGGAGGCAGCAGUUGUUCCAGAGUCUGUGUGGCUCUUCAGAGUUGACUGUCGUGGCGGAGCUCAGCGGCGGUGAGGGGGACGUGUCGUGGCAGCACGCCCAGCUCUUCAGACAGAGCCUGAAGGACAUGGACACACCUGCCUUUGAAGUUCUCGUCCAUCUGGAAAAUGCUUAACAGUUAUUCUAGUCAUUCACUUGAAGAGACAGCGUUUUCUCUGUUGUCUGGCUCAACAACAAAUGGUGUGUGUGUGUGUGUGUGUGUCUGUGUGUGUGUGAGAGAACCCUAGGGAAGUGUUCUGACACAUUUGAAUGGGUGAAGAUUCAGCACCUUGAAGCCAUAGAUUUCUUUGGUCAUGUUUGUGUGAGUGUGUCUGUGACGUUUGGAAACAUUCCACCACUGUCAUCAUCUCAGAUUGUUCCAAUCUCUGUCUUGUAAUAAAGACUGUUGUAAUUCC